UUUAAAAAAUAAACCCUAAACCCUCUUUCCAACACUGAGAACCCCCAAAACGCUGCAGUUCCACCACUCAUCCUCCCUACCUCACCGCAUCGCACAAUCCACGACGGAAACCGAGAAAUCACCAGCGGUCCCACCACCUCUUCCAUCCUUUGAUUCACAGUAAGGUUCGGUAAGACUCCUUAACCUAAUGUUGAGUAAUUACCAUUCUUAAAUUCCAUCAUCACCAAUGCACAAUUUCAUAAAAAUUCGAUCUUUUUCAUGUUUUCAAUCUCUCAAAAUCUUUCCUUUCUCAACCCAACAAAUGGGUAUUUCUUCAAUUGCUGAUACCCUUUAUACCCAAUUGCACAAAAACAACGGUAUCAGCAUUGAGAAUUCAUUGUCAAAGACCAAAUCCAAAUUGGACUCUCAAUGUGUUAUCCAAGUUCUUACUAAAUGCUGUCAUAAACAACCUGAAUUGGGUGUUAGGUUUUUCAUUUGGGCUGGAUUUCAACCUGGGUAUAGGCAUAGUGGUUAUAUGUAUAGAAAAGCUUGCAACUUGCUUGGGAUUGAUAGGAAUAAGAAUAAGAAUUCUCAGGUUAUUUGUGAUUUGAUUAAGUCUUAUGAGUCAGAAGGGUGUGUUGUUAAUGUUAACAUGUUUAGGGAGGUUCUGAAGCUCUGUAAAGAGGCUGAGCUUGUUGAUUUGUCUUUGUGGGUGUUGAGGAAAAUGGAGGAUUUUGGUUUGCAACCGGAUACGGUUAUGUAUAAUGUAGUUAUAAGGUUGUUUUGCAAGAAGGGUGAUGUUGAAAUGGCGGAGAAGUUGAUGGGGGAGAUGAGUUUGAAUGAUGUUUGUCCGGAUUUGAUUACGUAUAUGACGAUGAUUGAGGGGUUGUGUAAUGCGGGUCGGUUGGAGGAAGCUUAUUCGAUGCUCGAGGUUAUGAGGGCUCAUGGUUGUUCGCCUAAUUCGGUUGUUUUUUCGGCUAUUUUGGAUGGGUUAUGUAGGUGUGGAUCAAUGGAAAGGGCAUUGGAGUUGUUGGAUGAAAUGGAGAAAGGUGGGGAUUGUUGUCCUAAUGUUGUUACUUAUACAUCUUUGAUUCAAGGUUUCUGUAAGAGACGCCAGUGGACGGAAGCGUUGAGUAUUCUUGAUAGAAUGAGAGCUUUCGGUUGCCUUGCCAAUCAUGUUACUGUUUUUACAUUGAUUGAGAGUCUUUGCACCGAAGGCCGUGUAGAAGAAGCGUACAAGUUGGUUGAUAAAUUUGUGGUUGAACAUUGUGUCUCGCGGGGUGAUUGUUACAGUUCACUAGUGAUUUCUUUGAUAAGGAUAAAGAGAUUCGAGGAAGCAGAGAAGCUUUUUAAGGAAAUGCUUGCUGGUGAGAUCAAACCCGAUACUUUGGCGUCUAGCCUUUUGCUAAAGGAGUUUUGUUUGAAGGAUAGAGUACUAGAUGGAUUCUACUUGCUUGAUACAAUUGAGAAUAUGGGAUUCUUGUCUUCCAUCGACUCUAAUAUUUAUUCUAUUCUUUUAAUUGGCCUUUGUCAAAAAAACCACUUGACGGAGGCCACAAAGCUUGUGAAAAUAAUGCUGAAGAAAGCAGUUCCUCUAAGGCCUCCCUACAGAGAUAGUGCAAUUGACAUCCUAAGAAAAUACGGAGAAGAAGAUCUUGUGAACCAGUUGACUGGUAUAAAUAAGAAACUUUGAUAAUUUUGUUACAAAAGAGUUCGAUAAUUUUGAUAAUUUAGGUAACUUGUACUAGUCAACUUUGAUAAUUUUGGCUGCUUCGUGGCUUGCCGGUCAAGGUUUGAAGAAGACGAUGGGAAAAUUUGGUAAUUUAUACUAGUCAACUUUGAUAAUUUUGGCCGCUUGGUGGCUUGCCGGUCAAGGUUUGAAGAAGACGAUGGAAAAGUUUUGGUCUAUGCAUACGGUGCCUCACCAUUACAUUAGUAGUGUAGCAAUACGCAAGUGAGUCUAUUGCUUAGUAAUAAUUGUCCGCCAUGGACCAAAUAUGAUUUUGGUGUAUGGUAGAAGCUGCCGUAGUUCUGUUAGUUUAUUGUCAUGUCAAAGAUUGUAAACUUUUAUAGUAUCUCACUAUGUACACAUGGAUAUAGUUUAGAAUGUUUUGUAGUUUGUUAGUCUAACAGACACACUUCAGUUACAUUUCUGUUAAACAAUGUGAUAUUGUUAGACUAUCUCUUUUUUUUAGUUUGUAGAACAGGAUUGUGUUUCUUGUAUGAAUAUCAUUGGUUUUUUUUUUGACGAUAUGAAUAUCAUUGUUACCAUGAAAAUAUGUGACAUAAUUAUUUCAGUGAAGUUCAUACAAAUUUCUGUCAGUUUUUCUUUCAAUUCUAAUAUGGUAAAUAGACACCACCUUCAAUGAGAUCUGUUGGGUUCUUGCUACGUUGUGUUCUGUGUUGACAGUAGUGCUGAAAAACUCAUCCUCAUGCAAUCUACAACUCUAGAGACCCCAACUACGAUACUGGAGUCGUAACAGCUGCAUUUGUGCCAAUUCUUAGGGAUUAUGGUGAAAACUUUUCCAUAGCAUGCAAGAAAUGACAAUAAUGAUUUCAUAAGCAAUGAAACUAACACUGAGCCACAACAUCCUCAUCUCUUCUACUACCUCUGUUCUUUCCAGGUUAGUUUUUAUUUUUUGUGCUGCCAAAAGUAAAAAAAUGCCUUGGAAUAAUGUUAUUAUGGUUCAAACAAUUAAAUCUUAUCACAAACUACAUCGUAGAAUAUAUACACCGACCAGGAAGUAAGACAUUACAAAAGGCACAUGACACUGACACCGACAUAGACUUUUUAUUCGUAAUCACAUGUGUCAGGGUGUAAAAGAUUUUAAAAAGAAUGUUAAGUUCCAUUUCUUAUCUGUUUUGUGUAAUGAAUAUUCUGAACCUGCACACACUAAGGCUAAGCUACACCAACUUUUUAUCACAAAGAUUAUAUUUUUUUUUUGUUUUCACCACUAGUAUCCGGUCCAUUGGACCGCCUAAUCUCUAAAAGGCACUGUAGCACUUAGAAACAACCAUCCCUGCAACCAAAAACUAUUACCAACUUCAUCAUUUGUCUUCACUUCAACAUGUUGUUAGCUACAAAAAGAGGUUGUAUUGCCUAUAGAGGAGCCUCUAGUAGAGCUCCAUCACCACCCUCUUCAUCUAACACCUUCAAAUUUUAGAUCUGAAUAGGGAUGGCAAUGGGCAGGGUAUGGGUAGGGUACUAUAGUACCCAUCCCCAUACCCGCGGUUAGAAAAAAUCCCCGUACCCGAGUCCAUACCCGUUUGGGUAACAACUUUAGCACCUGUACCCGUGUCCUCUGGGUAUGUAUGUACCCGUACCCGUUACCCGCAUUUCUAAUAAAAAAUAAGUAUAUCAACUAUAAAAUAUCAUAUCAUUUUAAGUUUUUAGUAUCAUUUAAAUAUUUUCAAAAAACUUAUUGUUAAAUUAUGAAAUAAACAAACAUUUAUGUUACAUAUGUAAUGGUUUAACAUCGAUGUAUUUUUGAAAAUUGAUAGACAUUUAUUUAAAUACAAUAAUAUAAAUCAAAAUAUAUAAAUAUAUAUGUUGUGCGGGUAUGGGGCGGGUAUGGUACUAAGUUGCCGAUACCCGCACCCAUACCCGCUUAUUUAAGUGGGUAAUUACCUGAGCCCGUGCCCGUACCCAUUUAUGCGGGUUUUUACCCUGCUCAUUGUGGAUAUUUUUGUGGGUACCCAUUGGGGAUGGGCCAAAUUGCCAUCCCUAGAUCUGAAGACCAUAAAAACUGCCACAUACAAAUUCCUCGAAUGGAAUUUAGCAAGGAAAAAGCCUUCUGUUUUGAACCUUUUGAAAGCCCGUGAUCCGAGUUGAAAAGGAGGGCUUCUGAUUGCAUAAACUCCAUAAUAAAGGCAUAUAUAAUCAACAAAUUACUUGAGUUUCUGGAAAGUGUUUACAAGUAUGGCUUCGAAAAGAAGACAAAUAUUUCAUACAUCAGAGGACAAUAAGUCAGUUUUAAGCCUAAGGCAAUCAACAAGAUGCUUGGUUUAACCCCACCAGGAGCAGAUGAAUGUGGAGUAUAAAAAUGACGAGAAGCAUUGAAGAAAAUAGACGAGGUAGGUAGAGAGGUGAUCAUUCCUGAAUGGUGAAAAGAGGGAUCCCAAUGGUUUGAUUACAAACCAAGUUACUUACCCAUUAAGUUCAAACAAGCAUAUAUGCAUCAAAUUUCACAGGGGCAGGCUCAGUUUUUUGUGAACAACAUUGAAAGUGCUUCAAAUUCCUCUAAAUUUCGGUUAAAUAGAUCAACUAUGGAAGUUUAAGAAAUUUUAGCAGGUGAUGACAUUAAUGUAUGGGAGUUACUUUGCGACAGUCUAAACAAGAUUGCAUGUAAGUAUCAUGCACUGGAAACUACGUCAUUUUUCGUUAUACUGCAUGUAGUUGUCCAUGUCUUAUAUAUACUGCAUAACCCCGAUGUGAAAUGCAUCAAUGCAACAAUGACAAUCACGGUUUGACAAUCAGUUUGGACUUUGGACGCAAUUUGGACCUUUUUUUAGCAGCAUCAGCAGAUACAGGCGCAUGAUCUUCAGCACAGGCACCAGCAAGAUGUUAUCAUCAUGUAUCUUCAGGAUUGCCCUGUUUGUGAAAUUUCCUUAACAUCAACUCUUGAAUCAUCAUAAAUUUACACAGUAGUCCAUUUAGUUGCAUCCAAAUAAAGCUGAAAAACUUGAGGAAUGUAGUUUCUUUGGUUUUAUUUACUGGAAGCUCACAUGUAGUUUCUUUGUUUGUUUUUAUUUUUUCUUAAUUUACUAUUGCUAGACCCAUUGUUUUAAACAUGUAACAUUUUAACAAUUUUAAUUUGAUGUUUAGAUUUCUAUUGCGUCAAAAUAAAUGUUAUAUAUCAACUAUAGUGUGGAGUAAUUUGGACAAACCGCUA